UUGGUAAUUCAUCAGUUCACUUGCUAACGCAUCCUCAACAGCAUUCGCUAACAAUUCAACCAAAACAACCCAACAACAUUAUCCAAAAUGUUCAAGAUUGUGUGCCUGUUCGCCAUCAUUGCCGUCGCUUCCGUUUCGGCCAAGGCUGAUCCGAAACCGGGAGUACUUGCCUAUGCUGCUGCUCCAGCUGCCGUUGUCGCUGCACCGGCCGCUUAUGUUGCGGAGGGUGCCGCUGUGUACGAGCGCACUUUCCACGGAAAUACUGCCCCGCUGGCCUACACCACCUACCCAUAUGCUGCCCCUUACGUUGCCGCCGCUCCUUAUGUGGCUGGCGCUCCGCUCGCCUACUCGUCACCCUACGUUGCCGCUGCCCCUGCCCAGGUGCUGCUGAAGUAAAUGGGUAUCGAUGCAAGAAAUAAGGAAAAUGAUAUUUGUUACCGCAUGCAAUAGUGAAGCUGUAAAUACUCUCUUGUUGACUGAAUAAAUCUAUUCAUUUGCUGUAUAUAAAA